AUGUCCUCUGAGCCCACCUCGCCCCCAGUAGUGCCACCUCUGCACUCCCCCAAGUCCCCUGUCUGGCCCACCUUCCCCUUCCAUCGUGAGGGGAGCCGGAUCUGGGACCGGGGCAGCAGCCUCCUGCUCAGAGACCUGCCCAGCCCGCUCCCCACCAAGAGAACCAGGACCUAUUCUGCCACUGCUCGGGCGUCGGCUGGGCCUGUGUUCAAGGGUGUCUGCAAGCAGUUUUCGCGUUCCCAGGGCCAUGGCUUCAUCACCCCAGAGAAUGGCACAGAGGACAUAUUCGUCCACGUGUCUGACAUCGAAGGGGAGUAUGUGCCCGUGGAGGGAGACGAGGUGACCUACAAGAUGUGCCCCAUCCCGCCGAAAAACCAGAAGUUCCAGGCGGUGGAGGUGGUCCUGACCCAUCUGGCCCCCCACACUAAGCACGAGACAUGGUCUGGCCAGAUCAUUGGCUCCUAG